UGUUUGUUAUGGUUUGUGGCUCAAUCCUCUAAAAACUAUCUGCAGCAGCUUUUGAAAUCUUUAAAUAUCUCCCAACUAGUUGUUUUUUUCUUGCUGCGAUUUAUUCUGUCAGUCUAAGGCUUUUCUUCACAAGUUUCUACUUCAAAAUCCAGCAAUCACAAUAUCACAUUGCCAGACCCCAGAGUGGUUUCUCGCAAGUAUUUAAACCCAAAGAAUGUAUGAUUAUCACAUGGCAUCCUGUCUCUAGCGAAUUCUUUUAUCUUGAUGAAGAAGCUACAUGGCUGGGUUACUAAAAGCUAUAGGUUCUCAUACUCAUACCUCAUUAUCCCCACACCUUGAUUUCAGGCUCCUGAACAAGUCUCCAUCACUUCAUUCAUAUUAAUGAGAAUUUCUCACCACAGUCUGGUCUCCUGUAUUUGUCUCUCUUAACACGAUGGCUUCAUCUGAUGAGAAUGAUGAGGAUCUUAGAACUGCCAUAGCUUUGUCGCUGGCUGAAAGCUGCCGCUCUGAAUCGGAAAGCAGGAGAAAAAAUUUGGAGAACGCCAAGGCUGGCUCCUCCAUCAAUUCAGGUAUGGGCUUUCUAGGAUUAGACAGAAGAGCAAUGGAAGAAGAACGUCUGGCAAGGCUCAAACGCAAACCGGAAGAAUCAGUAACUGAUAUCAGACAAAGUGUUGAAACAGUACCAACUUCAAUAACUUCUAGUUCCAUCACAGGAAUUUCUUCAGAAUCUCUAAAAUAUCCGAAAGGUGUGAUAAAAAAGACCUGGGCUUUUGGACACAAACAAACAGGCAACGAGGUGAAGCUGGAAGAAGUUCUUGAGGCCCACACCUUGAGAACUGCUCUACUGUCUGCUUUUCAGUGGGACACCAACUGGGUAUUUUCAAAACUGAAAAUUCCACCAAACGGAGGGAAUACCAAAUGCAUCUUUGUCAUGCAAGGUAAAGAAGCAGCUCAGCGUGAAGCUAUGCGGAAGAAUGCUAAGGAGAUGCACAUGUUUCUUCGUCUCUGCUUUCCGCCGAUGGAAGGCCAAGUUAAUUGCAUGCAUUCAAAACUAAUGCUUCUUUUUCACCCUGAUAAACUAAGAAUCGCACUCCCAACUGCAAAUCUCGUCAGCUACGACUGGGGUGAGACUGGAGAAAUGGAGAACUGUGUCUUCAUGAUUGAUCUCCCGCGCCUCCCCAACAACUCAAAAAAUGCUCCUGAUGAUCUCACUUCCUUUGGUAAAGAACUCCUGUAUUUUCUUGAGAAGCAAGGUCUUGACGCGGAUGUCCGAGCUGGAGUCCUCAAUUUUGAUUUCAGUGAGACUGUUUCUAUGGCGUUUGUACACACUGUCGGGGGUGCAAGCUUUGAUACGGAUGCCCAGCGUACAGGACUGCCUGGUCUCAGCUCUGCAGUCCGCACCCUUCAUCUGGAAACUGAGCUUUUGGAAAUUGAUUAUGCAGCCUCCUCAAUCGGUUUCCUUAAUGAUAAUUUUCUUACAAAUGUCCACUCAGCUGCUCAAGGAAAUGAUCCAUUUACAAAAAGUGAAACUGCUGUCUCAGCCAUCCGAUCAAAUUUUUUUACCCCUGCUUCCUCUCGUAGAGAGAGCAGCAUCCCUCAACCAGUGGCUAUACGUGACUGUGUGCGAGUUUAUUUCCCUACCCAUGACACAGUGUCCUCAUCUACUGCAGGAGGAGCUGGAACGAUCUGUCUUCAGCGCAAUUGGUUCGAGUCAGGAACUUUCCCACGCUCAUGCUUCCGAGACUAUCGAUCUACGCGAGAAGGCCUUCUGAGUCACAACAAGAUACUCUGUGCGAGGGGGCAGCGUGAGGAUGUUAACACUGGAAGAGUCAAAGAUGUGGCCUGGAUAUAUGUUGGGUCGGCCAAUUUGUCUGAAUCAGCGUGGGGAAAGGUAUUUUUCAACAAGAAAAAGGGUGAGGUGAAAAUCAACUGUCGGAAUUGGGAGUGCGGUGUGGUACUUCCUGUUCCAGAGGAUGCCGUAUUAAAAUUUAGAGGUUUAAAAGGAGACAAGGCAAUUUCUGAGAACAAAAAUGAAGGGGACUUGGUGAGCAUGGAUAUUUUCAAAGAAGUGUUUGACUUACCAUUUUGUGUCCCCGGUAAGAGAUAUGGGAGUAAAAAGCCAUGGUAUUUCAGAGAACAGAUGUAGUUACAUCUGAGUCAUUGAAACUACACCCGUUAUUUUAAGUAUGCCUUGGCCCUGCUCGUAGCCAGGCCACCAAGGAGUGUUCAAACAAAGUCUUGUCCACAAGUUGCUGAUUCGUCUUUUUUCAAAAUACCAAUACACUCUGAUAAGGCCGCUUUCGGAAUUGGCUGUGGCUCUUACGGAAUUGCGUGAGCUCUGAGUCAAAGCAUCAUUGCACUGAAUGUCUGUCGGUUCGGUUGCUUGUCACCUAGAACUGAUAUACAUAGCAACAGCCAAUUUGCUUUUGCUUAAGAAACUCCAAAAGGCUGUCUAAUCUCCUUAAUGGAACUGCUUUGAUAGCAUACUUAAAAUCGAUAUGACUCCGCUAAGCCUACCUAUAAAAGGACUAACUUGUCAUGUAUUUCUUUUCUCAUUUUUUAUUAUUAGCUUGUAAUUUUUGUGAGGGGAUGAAUUAUCUACCUCCACUGUAUACAUAACUUUUUCAGAUUUAGUGCCUAGAAAAUAAAAAUUGAGUCUGAAAUGUGGUCAGUAGUUAGUUAUCGUAUAAACCUUUGAGUUCAUCUCAAGGUGGAAAAAUAGUUUUUUUGUACACUGUUUGGCCUCAUUAAGUUUUCUUUUUUAUGAAUAAAAUAUGCCAACCCAUAGGCCUUUCUCCUAAUCAAAUAAUGUUUUCACUAAAGAGUUUCUUGAUUCCCUUUUGCCGACCUUGGAGAUCGAAACAGCAUUUUUUUAGUUGGAGGUGAAUCUACAAAUGUCUUGUCCGUUUUUAUUUCCUUGUAGCUAAUCUCCAAAUGUUGAAAAAAUUGUUUAGAAAUCUCUGCAAGUCAAGUCAUGCUUAGGAGUAUGUAACUCAGGAUGUAAAUAAGAUUUGAUCUCGAAGUAGUCUGGAAUAACUCUAAAAGGGUGCGGGUGAAAGCACCUGGCAAAUCUGAGGAUGAAACACAGGAUUCUCUCCUGCCUCGUUUCCCGAGUUAUUUCACAGAAUUUUCCCUUCAAAUUUGGAAUGUUAAUACAUCAUACAAUAUUGCAGGAUUGACUUUCAGGAAUUUGUUUCAAAUAACAUUAUAUAAUCAUAAAAUUAUUAAUUGAUUGAUCAAUGAUGUAAUAUUCCUUUUACGGGAUGACCGUAGAUCCUUAGAAGAGUUAGAAGUAAGUAAAUAGCGUACAAACUUCAUUGUAUCAAAGCAGAGUUGCUAAUUUAAGUAUAAGCUUCCAAAUAGCAUGUGUAUAGAUGUAUGUAUGUAUUUUUUAGCAGAAGUUCUCAACUUUUUGCAUCGGAUCUUCAAUUCUCUGUAUUUUUCAUGAAUGAAUUUAAUACAUUUGACCAUUUGUCUAA